AUGCCGGUGAGAAAUCGUACGGCACCCAGUCCCGACAGAAUAAGACCAGAACACCUGAAGAGCCUUCUGCCAGUACUCAUCAACACCCUGGCGAGGCUCUUUACACGUUAUCUGUCGGAAUGCAAGGUUCCUAAACAGUGGAAGACCAGCAAGACCGUGUUGUUGUAUAAAAAGGGAGAUCCACAUGACAUCGGCAACUAUCGUCCAAUCUGCCUACUGUCCGUCAUCUACAAGCUCUUUACAAGAGUAAUCCUUAAUAGGAUUGAAAAAGUCUUGGAUGAAGGACAGCCAUGCGAGCAAGCAGGGUUUCGAAAAGGAUUCAACACGACUGACCACAUUCACACUGUUUCGAAACUCAUCGAGGUAUCACGAGAGUACAAGAUGCCGCUCUGUCUCACCUUCAUCGACUUGAAAAAGACCUUCGACUCAGUUAAGACGGAAGCGGUCGUGGAAGCCUUGGACAACCAAGGCGUCCCUACUCAGUACAUAAAGGUACUUCGAGAGUUGUACAGUAACUUCACGACCGGAAUUUCGCCAUUCUACAAGAACAUCAUCAUUGACGUGAAGAGGGGGGUCCGACAGGGUGGCACAAUUUCACCCAAAAUAUUCACAGCCACCCUCGAGAACGCAAUGCGAAAGUUGCAAUGGGACGACAUGGGAGUGAAGGUUGAUGGUCGGCAGCUACACCAUUUGCGCUUUGCUGAUGACAUCGUACUGAUAACACCUAGCAUCAGCCAAGCGGAACAAAUGCUGACCGAAUUCGACGAAACAUGUGGAUGCAUUGGUCUUCAGCUGAAUCUACAAAGCACGAUGUUCAUGCGGAACGGAUGGGUCUCGGAUGCCCCAUUCACGCUCAGCGGAACGAACAUAUCCGAAUGCACCAGCUACGUUUAUCUGGGUCGGGAACUAAACAUGAUGAACGACCUGACCCCCGAGCUGGGCAGGAGGAGACGAGCGGCUUGGGGAGCGUACAAGAGCAUCGAGGAUGUAGUGAAGAAGAUCAGGAACACCCGGCUCCGUGCUCACCUCUUCAACACCACCGUACUUCUUGCUUUGACCUAUGCUUCGGAAACCUGGGCAUUUCGCAAGCAGGAAGAAAACGCGGUGAGCGUCAUUGAACGCGCAAUUGAGAGAGUGAUGCUAGGAGUAUCCUUUUUCAUGCAAUUGAGGGACGGGAUUCGAAGUGCUCUCCUACGUCAGCGAUCGAAGAUUAGAGACGCCGCCGCGUUUGCCAAGGAAAGUAAAAUAAGGUGGGCCGGACACGUGAUGCGCUUUAAUGACAACCGUUGGACCAGAGCCGUGAGCGACUGGGUUCCCCGCGAUAUUAAGCGCACUACAGGAAGACCGCCGACCCGAUGGUCAGAUUUCUUCACGAAGUCCUUCAAAGAAAAAUAUGAUGCUCUUCGUGUCCCACGCGAAAGGAGGAACCACUGA